AUGUGCGCCGAGGUGGAUGUGAAUGACUGCUCUCUCAAUGAGCCCACAGCACUCAGUGAGGCUUCUGAACAGAGACUCAGGGGGUCGGAGAAGUCUGCGUCCUCCAUACCCUACAAAGCAACCCACCAAGAGAGCCCUUACCUGUCCCAUCAACGAGUCAAGCAAAUGGCAAACAGAGACGGAGACACAGCCGAGCCGUCGACAGCCGCGGCACUGGUGGGUCGGAACACCGCAAAGAGACAACCCCCACCAGGAACUUACGACUAUGCCGCCAAGCAAGGUACUCUCACAGCGGGCCCGACCACAUACCCACCGUACACAUGA